AUGCGCAUGUAUGGCCAGCUAGCAAGUUUAGUUCUGUGGUUAUUUGUUGCACCGUGUUUGUCACUGCUUGCUUCUACGCCGAGUAUAGUAUCUGACUGCGACCAUCAAGACGUCCUUUGUCGUAAUGCAUUGAUCAGUCAGUCACUGGCCUCAAGGGUAACGUUGUAUUGGUUCUUCCCGGACGGAACGGCAGCCGCAGUGACUCGUUCUCAUGGCGGCCCCGAUCUUUCUUACCCCCUCUUUCCACUCAGCCCUGUGCAUAGGACCUUAACCUCGUUACAGCAGGAAAUGUCAAAAUCGUCAACAAGUAAAUCACAACGCACAGACGUGCGGGUUGCUCCUACUACAUAUGAUGACCUACCCGGAAUAGCGACAUGCGAGAUGCUCGCAUUUUCUGGCGCGUUCCCUCCACAUGAGCCACUCAAUAGCCUGCUCUUCCCUUUUCGUGCUCCAUUGGCACGGUCAGGUGUACAUCCUCGACAUUGGCCGGACUUCGCAUCCUCGGUUAACGAUCACAUUCCAAGUCUCUAUGACGGCUCAAUCAUGUUUACAGCUUUUGCACCUGACGAGAAUGGAAGGGAUAAUAUCGCAGGAUUCGUAAAGAUGACUCCACCGAAGGAGAUGUUGGAAGAGAUACGAAGGAAGAGAAAACUGAGAGACUGUUUCAUGGGAGAUGUUGUCUACCCUGCCAUGGAUACUAUAAAGAAUAAACUAUGGAAAGAUACCAGUGGACUAGAUAUUGUGCUUUGGAGGAUUUUUAAACAGCAGCUUAAAGAUGCUCGUGCUAGGAUUAACAAAGAAGGUCGAUUCUUCCUCCUCAACCUCCUCAUUGUUCACCCUUCAUUUCAAGGCCGUGGUGUUGGCUCUGCACUCCUCAAACAAUGUUUCACCAUCACGGAUGCAGCGAAUCGACCAGUGUUCCUCGAGUCCACAACCGCAGGUUACCCACUAUAUGUUGCGCGUGGUUUCGUAGAAAUCGACAGACUUGACUGGACAUAUGCUGGGCCAAAUGUGGACAAGACUGCACCGGAUCGAGCUGCGGACAGCUUCAGACUUGCGGAUUCGGACGAAGAGGGGAGAACAAGGCAUGACAGGGAAGAUGGAGGUGCAUUUGUUGAAGUUGGGGAAGGGACAGUCGUGUAG